AUGCAGCUUCCGUCUUUGAGACGAUGGCUUCGUCGUGGUGGUCUGAUACACCGCCCUUGUGCAAGUCGUCCUCGCUUCGCUUUCGGAGCUGCUUUGACGGAAUCGACUCCACCGGCUUGGUGGCUCAAGGGCCGGCCUCGGAACGUCUUUCAGAGUAGGGCUGAGGUGGAGCUCCUCUCCCAGCUGGCCGUGCUGCUCAUGCCGGAUGAGCCCAUUGCCGAAGCCUUCCGUGAUUUUCCAAUUCAGAGGUGCCAAGAGUGGGGUUCCAGCAGAUUGUGCCCAGAUUUUGCGGCACAUGGUGUGCUGAAAACAGCUGGUGCUGCUCUGUUCAUCGAGUACGAUGGCCAUUAUCGUCACAUGGAGCCACAGGGCCUGGACAGGGAUGCGCGCAAGACAAGUGCACUGCUGAAGUUCGCCCCUGUGGGAUCUGUUGUGCUGCGCAUCGCGCACAAGGAGCGGCAGUGGAAGGACAACUCCGUGCAAGUAUUGGUGGGCUGUUGGCAGUCCGAGCACGUGCCCUCGCUUCACAAAACGUUGAGGCAAGUUGUAGCUUCUCUGCUGCAGUCUUGUCGUGCGGAGCUGGUGCCCGGGCUCGUUUCACAGCUUGAGGCAAGUGCCCCAACGCAAAUCGACAGGCAAGCGCACACCUUUGCAGUGGGCGCAGAGUUGGUGGGCAGCGCGUCUCGCAGCGGGCUAGCAGUUGAAGAGUUUCUCCAGAAGGAGAUGCAGCUGACACCAGUCCAAGUUGCCAGAUCGAUUGCUAGGUUUCCUUCAGCGCGUGGCUUGAGCAUUGAGGCAAAUCUGAAGCCAAAAGUCGAAUGGUUCAAAGGGUUGGGCCUGAGCCAGUCGCAGGUUGCCAAGGUGAUCGCGACCUUUCCCCCAGUUCUUGGCUGCAGCAUUGAGGCAAAUCUGACGCCAACAGUCGAAUGGAUCAAAGGGUUGGGUCUGAGCCAGUCGCAAAUUGCGAAGGUGAUCGCGACCUUUCCCCCAGUUCUUGGCUGCAGCAUUGAGGCAAAUCUGAAGCCAACAGUCGAAUGGGUGACAGGGUUGGGCGUAAGCCAGUCGCAGGUUGCCAAGGUGAUCGCGAGCCAUCCCCAAGUGCUUGGCUACAGCAUUGAGGCAAAUCUGAAGCCAAAAGUCGAAUGGUUCAAAGGGUUGGGCCUGAGCCAGUCGCAAAUUGCGAAGGUGAUCGUGAGCUUUCCCCAAGUGCUUGGCUACAGCAUUGAGGCAAAUCUGACGCCAACAGUCGAAUGGAUCAAAGGGUUGGGUCUGAGCCAGUCGCAG